CGUGCCUCCGCGUCUUCAACCGGUCAUUUUGUACACGCAACAUUGACACAUCGUCUUCCACUACUUCGGUUUUUUCCAAGGAAAAGUCGACCCCAAGCCGGGUUUCCGCGCGAGUUGCAUUUACCCGCGGCGUGCCGCCAAAUAGGUGCCUAUAUGUGACGAGGCAGACUCUGUGAAAAUAAGAUGCGGCGCUUUAUUCCAUUUCUCAGAGUUUUACGGAAAGUGUUGCCUGUGUGCACGAAACGAACUGCGGCACUGGCGGGUUUUGCUUCCCUCGUCCUGCUGGAACUCCUGGUGAUCCGCUCGCACAUAUGCCGGGAUGUCGGACUGAUCGAGUUUUGUUCAUGGGGGCUCCGGCAAUUGGACCUAGACUGACCUAGUCGUGUGCCCUUCCUCUUCGUUAGAUCUACCUGGUCUUCAUCUGCUAGAAGGUCGAAGUUUGCAGUCUUUUGCUAGGCCUACUUUCUUAGGCUGAUGCUAUCCUGUGCAAGAGUAUUGCACUCGUAUAAAUCCGAUGGCGCAUAAUUGCAGAACUUCUACUGAUCUAUGCAUAGAGUGACUUGGUCGAAGUUGAAAGAGGAACGCUUCCUCGUCUAAAGCGAAACUCGAAAAGCCCCCCCCUCAUACUACGUUGCUGUUGACGUUAUCUUCAACAACCUCGACGGUGCCUUAGUGCGUCGAAAUGCCGAGUUCCUACAGACGCAUCUGCAGUGGUACAACUACAAGAAGGGGCCUUCACCGAUAAUGGCGUCUUCAACGACAUCCGAAUCAUCUCCCAGCACUUCCCCUUUAAGUUCCACGAAGAACGUUUACAUCAGUGCAUUGGGGGACAACGCUGCGCACAAGGGCGCCGGCCGAACGACGGCGCGGCGCAUCGAGGACGGCGACGCCAGCAUCGGCAGCGUUCUUGUGGAAGAGCCAGACCGGUUUCGGUUGCGCGAGACGGUCGUGAACCAAGAAAAACAGUUUCCGCCGGAUUUUGAGGUCCACAUUCUCGCGUACAACCGGGCGAAACCACUGCAGCGUUUGUUGCACAGUUUGUCGCGUGCGGUUUAUGCGAAGGCCGACCGAGUGGACGUGGUUUUACACUGCGAGGGAGAAGAGCCGAACGAGAAAAUCCUUGAGGUCUUUCACAAAUGGACGUGGCCACCCAGCAGAUCGACGAGCAGAGCCGCGACAGCAGCUGCUGCAACCUCGAGCCCUACAUCUUCUCCGUCGCCCCCGAGUCCGACGUCUGCCAAGCGCGUCGUUCCGAACUACGCCCAGCGUGGGUUUUAUGCUCUGAGAAGUACGAAGUAGUUUGGUAGCGCCAGUUUAGAGUUCCAGGAAUUGAAGCGCUCUGAUUCGGUUUCGGCCUCGUCGUUGGUGUCGUUAUGAUCUAGUAAGCUUUCGUCCGUGGUGGGCCGCGCAUACCGCAUAAAGCGCGACGGUGCUGUCUAGCGAUAUUUAGUCGCGAGCACUGGUUCCAGUCCUGGAGCGUCUUCAUCCUCAUAUUCUCAAAAAAAUCCCACCCACAGCUCCCUGGCGGACGUCUCCAAGGGGUAAGGUGUUCAUCUGCUCAAGCCAGCGUGGCUGUCUUUCGUCAGCUAUCCGUCUUUUCUUCUAGGUGUCAAUUCCUGGAGCGUCGCCUUGACGGUUCCCAGCGGUUCCUCUCUUCUCGCUCGCGCGAGGGGUCGUGCAUUCCUGUGUUCUCCGCACAUUGCCGGAACAGGUCUCCGACUCGCGCGGAGCCUCUCGGAGCGUCUAGCGCUCGGGCAAAGUGAUCUACUUCGAAGCCCGCCAGAACGAUAAACCGUCCCGCAGCUGGUACGGAGCCUGGUACCCGCGAGACAAAAAUCUGCACGUCUUAAUUCUCGAGGACGACCUUGAGGUUGCGCCGAUGUUUUACCUGUGGCUGAAGAAAGCGUGGAAAGUGUACGGUGACACAGCAAACGGCUUCGCCCGACUGUUUGGCAUCUGCCUGAACAAGCAGGGAAUGGUCCCUCUGUCGACGGACAAAACGGUGCGGAAAAACGCGAACUUUGUGGGAAUAAAUGGCACUGGAGGUGUACUUAUCAAAUGUAAAAAUGUCUGGGUCUGGAAGAAUGCAUGUUUGUCAUGCUUGUCUGGCAUGACUCUUAAAUCUGUCAUGCACGUUGCCCAAGAGCCGCAUUUUUCUGUCAUGCGGAGACGCAGUUUAUUGUCACGCAGAAUAGGCAACACCUACAAGCUCAGAAAUUUGUCAUGCUGAGCCAGCACUUGUGGCCUCAUCAUGAGAUGCCACCCAGCAUCACAAGUUUCCAGACCCAGACAUUUUUACAUUUGAUAGUACUGAGGGAUGUGCGAAAGGGCGACGUGGCACUGGACGAUGCAGAUUUGAUAUAUGAUGAAGAAGUUGGCGUCGGCGGAGCGGAGGCUUCCGUAGUAAGAGCGGACUCCGAGCAGGACUCUGAAGCUGAGCGACGCCCUUCAAAUGACGCCAUCACCACCCUCCGCGCAAUGAUGAGAAAGCAUCCGAGGGGCGGGCUCCCCUUCCUCUACCGCCAGCUAGGGACGCAGGGCUUCUCGCCUCAUCCUGUAUGGUGGAAAGUGUUUUUGCACUGGAUGCACGAGGAGCUUCCGCCUUUAAUUCCACAUUCCCGAACUGAAUCUUUUUGGGACGGGUUGUUGUACCGUAAUCACUACCCAUUGAAGUGGUGGUUUUGGCCGGUGCGAAUGUUCUUGUUGCUUUUUGGCAGUGGGCCGAAAGUGACACUAGAGAAGCCGCCAAACAUUCCGACAAUCGACGGGAAGAAGAUCGGUUUGGUGACAUCGGGGUGGUGGGCCGAUAGCGGCUACAACAUGUGGGAGCAACAUGUUUCCUACUUUGUCGCCGAUCGCGACCUCUUUUUCCUCUACCUCGAUCUGUUUGACGAGUCCGGGUUGGUCACCCACUGGCGCGAAAAGGGAACACACUAUGGAUCGUCCACCAACGUGGGAGUGGGUGUCAUGCAGUGGCCGUUGAACAACGCGACAAGUCUAGUAACUGAUCACGGCGGAGAUUUCGAUCUAUCCCUGUUUCCGCGGAAAAUACCCAGACUUGAUUGGGACGGGAAACCGAUGAAAAAGGUUAAGGAAAGCGAAAAAAGUAGAAUUUCCUCAGGCGGCGAAGUAAGUCGAACAACAGCUGCAGCAGGAGAUGGGCGCGUGGUAGUGCAAGUGGUCGACGUCGAGUUGAAGAAAACUGAUGAAAUGGAAGGUAAGAACGGCGAUAUCAAGACGAAGCUGCAGGUCGUUACGUCUGCGUUGAAGGACGGGCGACCCGUCGUAGUUUGGUUUCAUUCAUCAGCAGGAACAAAUAAGGCGAGCUCUGAAACUAUUGCACGACUCAGCGCUGGUGUGCUGCACGACGACGUUGACGCUCACAACAAAAAAAGUGUGGUAAACGCGAACUCCGCACCGAGCCCAGGAUCUAGUAGUGGAGCGCAAGUUGUAGUUCGAGGAGAAGAUGAAGUUAAAGAAAAGAAAUUUAUUUUUGACGCUGCUGUACUGGAACAAACUGCAAAUAGCGCGUCAGAAGUCAGAAUCACUGAAUUUGCGGUGUUGCUGCGGUCCACAGCAAGGGCGUACGCGGUGUGGUCGGAACUGCUCCACCGCGUACAGACGCAUUUUCGGAGAAACCCACUUUGUCCUUGGAGAAUAGCAGAGGAGCUGCGAUACUUGCUUCAAGUGAAUUUUGCGGGAGUGCUGGCGCAGGUUGUUAAGCCGCCCUGAAUAGAACAAGAAGACGGAAGCAAGCACAAGCGCUGUUUUGGUUUUUUACUAGAGCGAGGCAUCGCCCACCUCUGAGCAU